AUGCCUGUCUCAGCUAGAGCCAUGGAGAGAUGUAUUUCUGAAAUGACUGAUAAUGUGAGUCAGCAGCAAAUGGUUGCUUUAACAAGUACACCUGUGAUCAGUGUGGCCCUUGAUGAAAGCAUGGAUAUCAAUAGCAUUCCCAGCUUGGCUGUUUUUGCCAGGUAUAGUGACACAGAGCACAGGGAGUUUCAAGCUUUCCUUGAAGAGGUGGACAGUGUGUACAAAGAUAUACCCUUCCGCCGCAGUGUUAGGUGGUUAAGCUGUGGGAAAGUAUUGGAGAGAUUUGUGGAAUGCUUUGAUGAAAUCCAAAUUUUCUUAUCAGAAAAAGGCCAAGAUUAUCCUGAGCUGGAGGACAGAGAUUGGAUUGUGAAACUUAAGUUUCUCUCAGACAUCACCAAACAUCUAAAUGACCUCAAUCUUCUCUUGCAAGGUGCAGGAAAAACAGUGAUGGAUUUGUAUGAUACUUGGAAGGUAUUUGUUGCAAAGCUUGCAGUUUACUCAACAGAUAUCAAAACUGGUUUUUUCCCUUAUUUCAAAAACUUGAAGAACUUAUCUGCAAUUCAUCCUGUCAACACCACUAAUAUUCAGUUGUACAUGCAAGAAUUAAGAGUGAGUUCUCAAUCAGAUUUCAAUUUUUCCGACGACAGCUAUAACAAAGGUUAUCAUACAAAAAGAAACAUAAAGGCCAUCACGAAAUAUAAAUGUUAA